UAUUCUUUCAGUACACCAAAGUUCCCAGUCAAUCUGUAUGACUUCAUUUUGAUGAAUCCCUACUCGAAUUUACACUUUGUGUAUCGAAAAUCCAUGAUCAGAUGACGACUGUCAGUCGGAUAAACAAUUUAGUCCAAGAAAAAGUUCAAAAAGACUCUUCCAAAUAUUACCACUCCCCACUUAUUCUAACAUCAGCUUCUCCACCAUGCACCUUUAUAAAAAUACAAGAUGAUCAUUUUUUUUAUGAGUUUUUCACUUCACUGUCUUAUUCUUCUUCGAUGGAGAGUCUUGAGCUUGCUUGUCUUAGUUUGGAGUGUGGUGAUGACCGCGUUUCCUCCUCUUUGAGUGAUGAUUAUGAGGCAAGCCUGUCCUUUUCGGAGAACUCUGACAGUUCAAUUGAUGGCUAUAACUUCAUUAAUUGUGAAAAUGAGGAAGUUUUUGAUUCUAAACGAGUGUUGACUCUGGUUAAAACAGAGUGCUCUGUCGAUAUACAAAGUGAUGUUCUUGAUUUUAACUUAUUGUUGGGGACAGCGGAAAGAGAUUGCAGAAUAUGUCAUCUGAGUCUUCAGAAGGGUGGGAGUGACAUAGAAUCUGGAACCGCAAUUCAAUUAGGAUGUUCUUGUAAGAACGAUUUGGCUGCAGCCCAUCAAGAUUGUGCUGAGACAUGGUUCAGAAUCAAGGGAAAUAGGAUCUGCGAAAUCUGCAAGUCAAUUGCACAAAAUGUCGUUGCCUCGGAUCAUAUGGAACCACCACAGCAAGCAAGUGAAGCCUUAACUUUGUCUGAAAAUGCAGCCUCAGCGCCUGUUUCAUCGAAUAUAGUGACUCCUUCGUUCUCAUAUGGUCAUCUGUUGCUGGAUUCUAUGUUUGCAUGUAUGGUGUUUGCAGUCUUCCUCAUAUGGAUAUUUCACUUCCACAUGGCAGUAUGACAUGCCAAAAAGUACGAUCAACUACACCAAAUAAGUCCUUUUAGUUUUUAAAUAAGAUGACUUACGUCGUAAUUUAACUUUUUUUUCUGUCGUGAAUUGUUGUAUGGAGAUUGUUCUGAUAGCACUAAUUGAUAAAUCAAUGUUAAGCUAAGAAUUAUUGUUUUUUUAUCCGUGUCCUAGCAAGU